AUGGCUUCUUCUUCCAAAAGACCCAAGAAGCUGGAUGUGAAGGGGAGCAAGCGUCCUCUGCCCUCAGGGCAACUAAUUUCCAAGUGGUUUGCGGAUGAGAAAACCCAGGAGUACUACUUCGAGUGGUAUGCGGGUCGGAGAAUCAUCCCUCCCAAAACCCUGAAGUUGGAAUGCAAUGAAGGGAUAAUGAAAUUAGUUGUGAAGGGCAAGCUGAUAAAGCUUGAUGGACCAACCUUGAAGGCGGCUGCCGGGCCAAGUGGCAAUGGGAGUUCCAAACCCCAACCCUUCAACUUUGGUGAUUUUGAGGAGCUGACGACCUUUAGAGAUUGUCAGAGGAAUCCUGAGAACACCAACUACAAGUUCUUGGCAGGAGAUAAGGAUGGCGUUCCAUCUCAUGAUGAGGACCAGCCACCACAGGUCAAAGCUGAACUUGACAAAGAGCAAGAGGCGGAGCCUAAACCAUUCUCUCCAUUCGAGCAAAUUAUGAUUAAUAAGCUUGAUGAUGUUAUGGAGAUGUCUAUAAGGAAGUUUAAAAUUCUUGAUGGAAUCAUUCCUAGGAAGGAGCUAUUUGAUUGCAUCUGCAAACUUGGUGAGAAAAUUAAUAAAGUAGAAAUUCAUCUUAAUAAUUCAAGUGAGCUAAAGGCUGAAGCUGAGCAGGAGAUAAUGAAGAUGCUAGAGAAUGUUCAACCUUAUCAAUUAAGCAAUAUGGACUCUUCAUUUACCAAAGACGAACUGAAGACAAAAAUUAGAAGCAUGGAAAACUCGGCAUUUUCUGUGUUGUGUAGCCUUUCUACACAUAAAAUGCAACCGAAGUAUUUCUUGGAAGAUUUAAUUGGUGUCGUUGCCCUCGUCGGUACCGUUCAGAGUCCUGACCUUAGCAGAAUCUUAGCGGAAUAUCUUGGUGAAGACAAAAUGCUGGCUAUUAUUUAUAGAUCUUUUGAUACUGCAAGUUCCCUUGAAAGGUAUAACCAAAGUGGAGAAAUUGAUUAUGAGCGUGCCUUACAUGCUCAAGCCUCUGCUCUUGGAAAAGUUAUUAGCAAGCGUUUCCAUGUUAUAUGCAUGGAAGAUAUAAGGCCUUACACUGGGCGGUUGCAUAUGAAUGAUUCUCAGAGAAGGCUAGGAUUGGCAUAUCCUAGAAUGCCAAAUGGGGUAACUCCAAAAGGCUUUAUAGGUUAUGCUGUUAACAUGAUUGACCUCGACAUAAAUUACUUGCAUACAACGACAGCUUCAGGUCACGGACUACGAGAGACAGUUCUGUUUAAUCUUUUCAAGAAGCUCCAGGUUUACGACAAAAGAGAGAGUAUGGUGGCUGCUCGUGCCUGUAUAGAGGAUGAUGCUGUUUCGUUAGAUGGUGGUAUUUUUAGAGGAAAUGGAAUUCUCUCUCUCGGUUAUGGGAAUCCUAUUAUAUAUUUUCCCUGCCAGAACCAGACAGUACUCCCUCGAGAAAUUGAAGAAAUCUUGAGACAGAUUGAAGAGAAGAAGUCAGAUCUAAGGAGUAUUGAUGAAAAAAUUAGAGAACUGAUCAAAUAUCGUGAGAAGUGUAUAAAAAAAUUUAAGAAAAAAAAGGAGAGAUAUGACAAGUAUUUGGACAAAAUGGUGCCCAUGGAAGAACUACUGGAAUAUAGACCUGAGGCAGGGGACGGAUCAAAUACAUCUGAUAGGCUUAGUUGAUCCAUGUUUUCAACAUUUUUUCUUUUAUCAUAGAGAAGCAUAUUGUAUACCUUUGGCUUUUGAUAAUUCAGUUACCCAUGCCCGGCUAUGCCUAGAAUAAAAUAGUUAAUAUAAGAUUAUGGAACAUGUUUCUGUUUAUA